AUGGCCACCCUCACCGAGGUUCAAGAACGGCGCAUCUUUUUGCAUGCCAAACUCCAAAAGACUAAGGAAAAAAUCUUCCUCAAGCAUGUCGAGUCUGAACCACUAAUCAGCAGCGAUGGUGGCAUUAUUCCUUCAGCAUCAUCCAGUGAGGAAAUCCCCAGCUACCCCAAAUCCGAUGAAGAUACCCAAUUCCUGACCAAGGUGCUGAAAGGAAAUUUUGUCUUUGCGGAUCUUUCCGAGGAAGAAAUGACCCGCAUGGUGGAUGCCUUUCGGCAAGAGAAAGUGGCAGCGGAUACCAUUAUCAUUCAACAAGGUGACACGAAAUGCGAGCAUUUCUUCGUCUUGCAGUCCGGGGUGGUCAAAUUCAUGGUGGACGGCAAGGAAGUGUUCCGGAAUGAUGAAGGGGGAGCUGCCUUUGGAGAAUUGGAAUUGCUGUAUGACUUUCCCAGAUCCGCCACCUGUCAGGCAGUGCAAGAUUCGGUGCUUUGGAAGGUAGACCAGCAAACCUUUCGACGUAUUCUGAGACAUUACUCCAAAGAGCAGGAACAGUCUGCGACCGAUCUGAGGCUCAAGGCACCUCAGUUAUUUGGACAGGUGGAAGAUUCUGAUAUUCUCAAGCAGCUAGCCGACUCCUUGACAUCGGUCAAAUUUCAACAAGGCGACAAAAUCAUUGGCAAGGGUGAUAUGGGGGAAGUCUUUUACAUUAUCGAAGAAGGAACCGUCACUGUCACCGAAAUUGGCACCGGGACUAGUCCCAUGAUGGACCAGACUCUUUCGGAGGGCGAUUGGUUUGGUGAGAUGGAGCUCAAGUCGGGAGAACCAAGAAUAGCCAAUAUCACUGCCGCUACGGAACGUGUCGUAACAUUGGCCAUGAGCAAAGACGAUUUCUUGACAUCGGUAGCAGGACCCUUGUUGGAGCCCAUUUUGGACCGAGAAUCUCGCAAACGCUUCUUGAAGGCGUUGCCCAUCUUUGCCAAUUCCAAUUCUGCGUUUACGGAUACCGAGUUGUACCUAUUGGUGGACAGAUUGCAAGAAAAAUCCUUUGAGGCUGGCGACGUUGCUGUGGACGGUAGCAGCAAGGAACAACAAAGAUCGUUGUGGAUUAUUCGAGAAGGUAACGUCAGUCUAUUUGAUGGGCACACAACACAUCAUUUGCAACGAGGAGACUACUUUGAUGAUCAAUCUGCAUUGCAAGGUGACAAAUGGAUCAAUGAAGCAUCACGUAGGGCUGACCACACACCCAUCAGUGCCACGAUGGCCAAGGCCACUUGCGUAGAAGACACGACUUUCUUUGUAUUGGAGAGUGAUGACGUUGCAGAAGUCAUUGGCGAGGUUGUGCGUUUGGGGGCUGCCAUGCCUUAUCAGUACCCAGGUUUGGACAAUUCUAUACAGCUGGAAGAUAUCCAGAAGCACCGAAUUCUGGGCAAAGGAGAGUUUGCGGUGGUGUAUCUGGCCAGCGACAAAAAGACGAAGAAAACCUACGCGUUGAAAACUUUGAGCAAAGUGCACCUACUGGAACACACCACAAAUGCUAUCGAGUCGACGAAGCACGAGAAAGAGAUUAUGGCGUCGGUUCACCAUCCAUUCAUCAUGGGAAUGCAUGCAUCCUUCCAGGACAAACACUACGUGUACUUGCUACUUCCUCUUUUCCAGGGAGGAGAACUCUUUGGGCUCAUCUAUAAGGAAGAAGGAUCGCGGUAUGGGUUGAGAGAUGACGAUGCGAUCUUUUACAGCGCAUGCAUCGUUGAGGCGCUCGGUCACUUGCACUCUCGUUCUAUCAUUCACCGCGAUCUCAAACCGGAUAAUGUGAUGAUUGAUUCUGAGGGAUAUGCAGUGCUGAUCGACAUGGGUUUGGCAAAGUUUGUCGUCGGUAAGACUUACUCCAUGGUUGGCACGCCCUCGUACAUUGCCAGUGAGGUGUUGCUGGGCCGAGGCCAUAACAAAGCCGUAGACUACUGGGCACUUGGAGUAGUCCUUUACGAGAUGUUGGAGGGGACGACGCCGUUCUACUGGGAUGGCGCUACACAAAAGGAUGAAUUCGAGGCGAUCCUGCGCUGCGAUUAUAAAUGUCCAGACUCCUUUUCGGAACACGCCAAGGAUUUGAUUGACAAGCUCUUAGUGCUGGAUCCAACAAAGCGAUUGGGAAGCAGUACAAGGGGACACUUGGAGAUUAUGGCUCAGCCCUGGUUCAAUACAAUCAACUUCCGGAAGCUACGAAAGAAGCUGAUUUCUUCACCGUGGACACCACCCAUCAAGGAUUCCAUGGAUGUUUCAAAUUUCGCUGAUUAUGACGACAGCGAAACUCAGCCUCCUGAUCGGGAACUAACGGAGGAGGAACAAUUGAUGUUCAGAGGAUUCUAG